AUGGGAGAGGUGAGAGUCGGUGAGAAUGACACGCUGGUCAUGAUGAGGAAGAGUAUCAAGAGAUCGAAGAAUGGCGAGGAGAUCCAAACGGAAGUUGUGAUGCGCGAUGCGAUCAAGGAGUUUCAGGCUGGAUCUUCCAUGCUUGAAAAGUCCAGAUCCUUUGCUGAGGUGACAGGAGUUGAGAACGGGGUGUCAGGCGACAACGUUCCAUGGCUGAUCGAAGAGGAUGAACCGGAUCUGGAGCCUUUAGAUCCUAAUUUGGGGGCGAUCUCUGAAUGGGGUUUUCAGACCAUUAUCAGAGAAGAUGGUUCCGUUGAAAUAAGGAGUAACAAAGAAGCGAGAACGAGAAUGUGUCAAAGGUGGAAAAAUUCACUGAUAGUGAAGCUGCUGGGCAAGAAGAUAGGCGUCGGGUUUAUGAAGAAGAGAUUGGAGGUGAUGUGGGCGAAAUCUGGCAGCAUCUUUGUUGCUGAUCUCGGCAAUGAGUUUUUCUCCGUACGUUUUAGUAGCUUGGAAGACAUGAACCUUGCAAUUACAGGUGGAACGUGGGUCAUUUCGGGUCAUUAUCUUGCCACAAGGAAGUGGGAACCUUGUUUUGAUCCUGAGAAGGCUAAUAUCCAUAAGGUAGCAGCAUGGAUUCAACUUCCAGGGAUUCCACAAGAGUACUGUGAAUUCCCUUUCCUAAAUCAUUUAGGAUCGGUGAUUGGGAAAGUAAUCAAAGUUGACAGGACAACUUCAACUGGAGAUAGGGCCAGAUUUGCUAGAGUGUGCAUCGAAAUUGAUCUCUCUAGGCCUUUGAGGGGUGAGUAUGUUUUGGAUGGUUGUAGGAAGAGGGUAGAGUAUGAAGGGCUUUAUUUGAUUUGCCUUAGGUGUGGUAGGUAUGGGCAUAAUUCUGAGGCUUGUCCAGAUUAUGUGAAGCCUACACCUGUGCAUCAGGCUGAGGAGAAAUCUGGUAAUUCUGUAGAUAAUUCUGGCAGUCAAGGUUUGGGACCAUGGAUGGUAGUUAAUCGAAGGAAGAAAGGCCAACAGGCUGUGCAGAAGUAA